AUGAGUCAUAAUGAACCACAUAUUAUAUAUUUUUGCAAGACAAACCCCGUGAAAUUUGCAUACCAGAACUUCGCGGUCCCUGCCUCCCUAAGGGUUUUUCGUUUACCUGGUAUCAUUAGAAGGUCAUCAUCAUUUACUUCAAGCCGAUCAGUUUCAAAAGUUGUGGACGUGCCAAAGGGAUAUCUCGCAGUGUGCGUUGGUGAUAAACAAAAGAGAUUUGUGAUCCCCGUAUCAUACUUGAACCAACCAUUGUUUCAAGAUUUGAUGAGUCAAGCCGAAGAAGAGUUUGGAUAUGAUCAUCCAAUGGGAGGUCUCACCAUUCCUUGCACAGAAGAUGCCUUCAAACAUAUAACUUAUCGCUUGAAUGAGAUUUGA